AGUCAUAAAUUUUAUUUUGAAUUUUACUAAUGCGAUUUGCGAAUGCGGCACUUCUCGUGUCUGUAUAUAUUAUAUUAUAUUCAUCAAUUCAUCAUUAGUUCAUUUUCAUUCAGUCUGUUCGGUCUUCACUCUUCUUCAGUGUUCAGUCUUCAGCUUCAGUUCUCAGCUUCUUUUUACUUUACACUACCUCGAGGUGUACCUACUUAAAAAUCGUUAUUUGUUACCUUAAAAAUGGGAAAGUACGGAAAAUACAAAAAAACUUACAGAAAAGAAUGGGAAAGCAUUCCGGUCUUUAAAGGUUGGCUACAACAAGUGGAUUCGGAUAUCGCUAAAUGCAAAUAUUGUAACGUUGAGCUGAGGCCCCACAAAACGGAUCUGAUCAAGCACUCGAAAACGCAGCAACAUAUUCGAAAAGCUUCUAAUGUACCAUCUACAUCUCAAUUAGCAAGAUUUGGAAUUGUAGCCGAAUCCUCUUUUUCCAACGACCAGAAAGUGCGCGAUCUAAAAUUGGCAACUUUCGUUGCAGUUCAUAGCACCCUUAAUACAAUGGAUCACCUAUGUGAUCUAUUAAAAGACAUCGGGAAAAGCAGUUUUAGUGAUCUACGUAUGCAUAGGACAAAGUGCACGCAAGUGAUUCGGAAAGUAUUGGCUCCAUCAAUAAUAAAAGACAUAAUUGAUGAUAUUAACAACUCUAACGCACAUUAUUCAUUGAUUCUUGACGAAUCGACCGACAUUUCAGUGAACAAAUAUUUAUGCGUUUGUGUGCGAUAUUACAGUGCGGUAAAACAAUCGAUCACAACGGAAUAUUUGGGCAUUAUUUCAAUGAUCACUUGCAGGGCCGAGGAUUUGUAUGAGGCAGUAAUUUCGUUUAUAAAAAACAAUAAUUUAGAAAUUUCAAAAUUAAUUGGGAUUGGUACCGAUGGGGCAAAUAAUCUCUGCGGUAAACAUAACUCAUUAUAUACCUUACUAAAAAAAGAAGUGCCGAACUUGCAACUCAUAAAAUGCAUCUGCCACUCUUUGCAUUUAUGUGCCCAAAAAUCCUGCGACGAAUUACCUGCCAAUGUGGAGUUUCUUGUGCGCGAAACGUACAAUUGGUUUAAUCUUAGUGUAGUAAGACAAAAUGACUAUAAAGAAAUAUAUAAUUUACUAAACGCGGGAGAAGAAAAUCGUCGUCAGCGUAAAUUGGUUUCAAUCGCUCCCACUCGUUGGCUUUCCCGGUAUAAUGCGAUCGAGGCAAUAUUGGAACAAUGGCUUGAAUUAAAAACCCAUUUUACGACCGCUAACAAUAGGGAAAAAUGUUAUGCUGCACGUCAGCUAGAAUCUAUGUAUAAGGACCAUUCUAAUUACGUACAUAUAUUUAAUGUUUCUAAAACCAAUACUUAAAGAAGUGUAUAUAACAAAUUUGUUAUUUCAGCACCAAAAUGCCGAUUUUUUUAAAGUUUGCGAACCUUUGUUGAUGUUAGUGCUGAACAUCUUGCGCCGAAUAUUAAAGCCUAUAUUCAUGUUUGAAAGUGAACCGAACAUUAAUAAGAGAAUUGUAAAAUUAAAAGAAUCAAUGGAGAACCCACUGGCAUACGUACAUUUAAAUGAGGUAGAUUAUGGGUAUAAUUUUCAUUUAGAACUACAGAAAUGUGAGACUUCGCAUUCUGAAUUAAUCAAACAAAAAUGUUUUAAUUUUUUAAAAGUUUUGGCUAAAAAGUUCUUGGAAAAACUGCCGGAAAAUUUUAGAGUUUUACAAAUGUUAAAAAAUUUGUCCCCCAGUAUUUGUUUAAGUCAAACACGACCUCCGUUAAAUAUUAUUUUUCCUUUAGAAUUAAAAGGUACUAUAAAUGUAGACGAUUUAGAGAAUCAAUGGCGCAAUCUAUUAAACAUCGCAUGGUGCGAUUAUUUCGAUAAAGGAGAAAUUCCACAAGAUCCCGAAAUUUUUUGGUGUAAAGUAGCUACAGUUAAAAAUGCUAAUGGAGAUUUGUUAUUUAAAGAACUGUCAGAAUUUGCAUUAAAAUUACUUUGUUUGCCAUUGAGUAACGCAGCGGUGGAACGCGCCUUUUCAGUAAUGAAUUUAAUAAAGUGUAAGACACGUAAUAGAAUGACUUAUGAAACCUUAAAUUCAAUUUUAAUUAUACGGAUGAAUUGUAAAAGCUGGGGCUGGUAUUGCUGUAAAAAUAUGAAAAUUACUGAAAAUAUGUUACAACUAUUUAAUUACAGCAUAUAUAAACCUGAAAAUGAGGAUGAAAAUGAGAUUUCCGAGGAAAUAUCUGACCUUAUAGAAAUGUGUAGGUAAUAGUAUUUAAGUUUAUUAUGUGUUUGAAUUAAAAAUAUAAGUUUCUGAUUGGUUGCUCAUUUCUCUGUUAACACUCCUACCUGCAAUAAAUAAAAUUAGGCGAUUUGGGCUACUUCAUGUAAGCGUUAUGGCGACAUGAGAUAUCGAAAUACUGG